GUGGGAUAGAGGGUAACUAAACCUCCCAAGUGGGUCAACGUUACAUGGUCGCGCUGUACAUCAAUCGAUCCAGCAAAUGGGGUCAUUGGUGAAGCCGUCAUCGCUGCCCGGUUGACAUGAGAGCAGGGACACAUGGUGACGAAUGGGCAGACCUAACGCCCCUGUGGAGCUGCUGUUAUGACUAAACCAACUCUCUAUGUUUGAGCCUAUACACUAGGUCGUAACUGGAACAAUCCCACCAUUCCCAAACCAACACUGGUUUCUAAAAGCUUCCUUCACGUUGUCAGGAACCUAAACAAUGUGCCAUGCAAUGUCUGUGUCUGCGCUACAGUAAUGCACAUUGUACAUCCCCAUUCAUGAAUGGUGCUUUUAUAAUAGACCUGUAUAAUGGGAUUAGAAGAGUUUUAACCUAAUCUUACUUGUCGUAACUUGUUGUGUUCUUUUUCUCUGAAUGCAUUGCAUAAUACAAUUGAAGGGAAGCCCUAAGAGUCCUUUUUGGAGGGGGUGUGCAGGCUCAUUGUUACAAGUUUCCUGUUUGUUCAGUUUGGCCUUGUGUGUUUUGAAGGUGCUCUGUCUGGGAGAAGGGUCAAAGCCUCAUUAACACCACACUACAGAGCCCUUGCUGUUGGCGCUUCCUCUUGCCUGUGGACUGCUCAAAGUCAUCUAUUUUUAAAGCCUGCUUCCUAUAGACACAUGAUUGAGUUUUACCCCGAACACUUUCUGGACUCAACAUAUGAGGCAUCUUGACACUUUCUACUUGUAAAGAUAGAGGAGGACUUUGUGAUGUGACAGUGAGUUCACUUCAAGGAACAGCAUCUGUAGUUUCAUAUACUUGGACUUCAAUUUACUCAGGUUUUAUUUGUUUAAUGUGUCUGUUUAGGCUUGAUAAAGAGCAGUUGUAAGAGAGCCACAUGUAAGAAACAACCUAGACAAGAUCCGCACAGUUAAUCAUACUGAUAUUUGUUAUUUUGGGGGAAUUUUUCCUGAUCCGAUGUGAGGUCCUGGGACAGGGAUGUCGUAUGUGUACAGAUUGUAAAGCCCUCUGAGGCAAAUUUGUAAUUUGUGAUAUUGGGCUAUACAAAAAAAUAAACUGAAUUGAUAUAUAGAAUAAGGUCAACAUUUAACUAGAUCAUAGGUCAAAUUUGUCUGUGUGGAAGGACCAGUCUGACUGCUUUCUAACCAUAUAAACAAGUUUUUUUCAAAACAAAUCAGUAGCCCACAAGACCAUUUAGGUUCUCGGAUGCACCGCCAUUAACAUUUAGAAAGCGCUCUCAUAGCCCAUAAACCUCCAACAGGACUGCGACAUUGUGUCAACUAUAUACUUAAAUCACAGAAAACUUUCUAAAUACAAUUGUACACCCCAUCUGACUUGAGGUCACACCAUGUAAAAUUGGUUCCAUCCUGAAAGAUAACAAUUGAAAACAGAUCACAAGUUCUUCACAGAAAAGUACAGAUUAGUUUAUGAGAAAACAGGAAAUAGUUAAAAGUGCCCAAUUAUUGGGGGGAAAAAAGAGUCCUUUAUCUGUAUCCAAAACUAAUUUGUUCCAAAUUUUACCAAAUUAACAGUUACCAAAAUCUGGCAGCUAAUAGGUUUUUAGCGGCAGACUUGUUGAUGUGCCUUGUUGGGAAAGUGUUACUGAUACUGGUAAUGAUGGUGUCAUUCUAGAAAGUAUCCCAGUCAUGACAGAGUGAAAGUGUCCCAGCAUGCAUAAUACCAGGACCCUGAAACUAAAGGAUAUGUCAUUUAUUUACACCUGUGCAUUUUGUAUUGUGUCUAAAUAUCUUUCAUGAAAUAAGCCGACAGAUAGAUGGAUUUUCUUUUUCUUCCCUGUGUCAUGCACAUAACGUGGCCAACCCUCACGGGUCUAUAAGACACCAAAAACACUGCUGCAGUGGACACGCUUUUCAUUAAGUUUUAUUUGAGUACAAAAUGACAGGUUACUUCACUGCUCGAUCUUAAACAAAAUAUUCUGCCUUCUCGCCCAGGCCUGGCGAAUCAAAUCUGCUUCAAAAAAGGUUCCCAUGCUGAAACACAACUCAAGUUUUUCACAGCCAUGCAGCCAAAAAAAAAAAUCAACGUGAAUUAAAGUAAAUUGACUAAAGAGUACUACGUCCCUUACGACAACGUAGAUGGGACAAUGAAACAAAAAGUGCACCGCCUUUUUUGAGUUUGCACAGAAACCAGAUUCUGUCCUCAACUGGACUAGAAUUAAACUUACUGGUCUCUGUGGCUAAUGGUAAUGUUCUUUUGCGUCACUGUGCACAUAGGGAUCUUUGUCUUUUCAAAUUAUAUUUCACAUAAAGUUCUGCACUAUAGUUAUUAUUUUAUGAGAAAAUAAGUUAACUUAAGUUUACACCAUAUAUCAACAGACUAUUUUUCUCUAUGCAUGAGUAACAGUUUCUUAAUAUCACAAAGUAACCUGUUAUGGAAAAUGAAUGACAAAGCGUUCAUAUUAAACAGCGAUUUCAAACCCGAAGCCCAGGAAUGGUCAGUCAAGUGGGACUUUGGUGUCAGCGUCUCAGUAUUUCUGUGAGUUGGUGAAGGGUCAUGUUUCAGUUCUCAGAGUUAUGGAACUGCCCUCUGUGAUAUCAGCCAAGAAGUCUAAGACUAAGGUUACAUUUUCCACUGGAAUAUAUUUUCUGUAUUACAUUUGAUCCCUUUUUGUUUUGUGUGUGCACACGUUGUCCAUGUUCUGCAUUCAUUGCCAAACAUGAGUAUUUCUCAACAGUUUGGUGCUUAAGAGCACAUUUUCUUCUACACAUUCAAACAUCAAAAAUAUAUGUUCAAAGGUGCUACAUAAACAUUGUUCAAAACACAAAAGUCUAACAUGGGCGCUACCAAAACAUAGCACUUCAAUAUUAGUGUUAAGACACUACUAUUGUUAUAACUUAUUUACUUUUUAAUCAAUUGAUUUAUUGAUUUUUACCUCUGUUUGUAUUUGAUUUGUGAAUAAUUGGAAAAAUCUCCAUUCGAAAAUGUAUUAUCUAAUAAUCUCAUGGUUGUCUUCUGCCAAUGUCUUUCUGUACGCGACCUCCUAAUCAGAUGGAAGGUCACAGGGAGUUGCAAGCUGAACAGCCAAUAGCUAAAUAGCCUCACAGGGAGAAAGUUAACUAGGCCAGGGUUGUCUUUGGCUUCCCCACCCCAUUUUUAAAAAAAAGGCAUCGCGGUGGGAGGAGCAGAAGAAAAGAAAAGGACACCGCGUUCUGUCGGAGUAGAAUUGGUUACGACAGUCUGACAUACACAGCCUGAUGGGAGAAGAGCCACAUCCAAUUGUAAAGAUGAGGCAGUGACAGACGGUAAAGGGGACCCACCCUUCUCUCUUUCUUCUUGUCCAUGCUCUCAUUGCUUUCGUGUAAGAGAGGAGGCAGACAAGGACCGAGCCUCGAUCUCAGAUGCUGUGAUGGACACCAAGGCAGUGUUUGCGGCCCUGUACAGCGUGUGUGAAGAGAAUGCCAACUUCUUCUCAGGAGGUGCCAAGGGGUCGCAGGGUGAUGCGGCCCGGCGGCUGGUGGAGACCAUGAAGCUGAUCCAGGAGCAUGCUCGCAGUCUGGAGCCUGUUGUCUCUGGCUUCGCUGCAGUUUACCAUCAUUUUGACUUUGACCCGCACAUACCUGCCAAUGGCUAUCGCUCACUGGUCAAGGUAGUGCGCUGCUGCAUUCUCCACAUCAUCCAGAAGGGGCACUACAUCACCGCCAACCGCCGCAACAUCUUCUUUCGAUUAGCACACAAUGCGGCGGAGAUGGAGGCCUACUGCAACGCUCUGUGCCAGCUGCGCGCCCUGCUUUACCUGGCUCAGCGCAUGCUACAUGACAACCACCAUGGCAACCUUUUUUUCCACAAUGAGAGUGGCCUCAGUGAGAGCUUCGUCCGCGAGUACUCAUCAAUGCACAAAGGGUGCUUCUAUGGCCGUUGUCUUGGCUUUCAGUUCAGUCCAGCCAUUCGGCCCUGUCUCCAGACCAUCGCUAUUGGCCUUGUGGCCUUUGGAGAAAACUACAGACGCCAUCAGUCUGGAAUAGGUGUCGCAGCCAGCUCUCUCUUUACCUCAGGGAAGUACGCCAUCGACCCAGAGUUGAGAGGGGCAGAAUUUGAACGCAUCACCCAGAACCUGGACGUCCAUUUCUGGAAGAGCUUCUGGAACAUCACUGAGACCGAAGUCCUAACGAGUCUUGCCAGUAUGACAUCCACGCAAGUUAAGGUGAACAGGGCUCUUUCUGUCCCCGCCGUGCCCUUUGACCUUCCCCUGACGGCCAACCACAGAGCAUCUGUAACCAUAGCCCCGCCUUCAGCACACAUCGGCAUUGCUCCGGUUCAGAUGAGGCUCAUCUCAUAUGACUUACGUGAAGGACAGGACAGUGAGACUCUGCUGUCUCUUGCUCGCUCUGAGGGGGGCGCCAUCUCUCUGUCGCUGGGGAUGAAGACCAAGCGCCUCCCCUCAUCAUCCUGCCUCCUGAUCCACUUCCAUGGGGGAGGAUUUGUGGCACAGACCUCCAAGUCACAUGAGCCCUAUCUGAAGAGCUGGUCCCAGGACCUUGGUGUCCCCAUACUGUCAGUGGACUACUCUCUGGCCCCCGAGGCCCCAUUUCCAAGGGCUCUGGAGGAGUGUUUCUAUGCCUACUGCUGGGCUCUGCGAAACCACCACCUUCUGGGCUGGACUGGAGAAACAGUGUGUCUGGCUGGGGAUAGUGCUGGAGGCAACUUGUGUGUGACGACAUCUAUGCGCGCUGCUGCCUUUGGUGUGCGAAUGCCAGAUGGCCUUGUUGCAAUCUACCCAGCUACCCUGCUGACUGCCUACGCAUCGCCCUCCCGUCUGCUAACACUUAUGGAUCCCCUGCUGCCGCUCAGUGUGCUCUCCAGGUGUCUCAACGCCUAUGCAGGCAAUGAGCCUCAGACAGAGGUGCAGGUAGAGAAAGUGAGCACGCUGAGCCUGGUGAGGAGAGACACUGCUGUGUUGCUCAGAGAUUUCCGACAGGGAGCCUCGAACUGGAUCCACUCUCUGCUGGAUUCCAACAGAGCCUCAGCCUCCCCCAGCACAGCUGCAGAGAGGCCACCAGGAGCCACUGACCCCGUGAGGAAGAGCAUUUCAGAGGCGUCCAUCUCUUCUCCUCACGCCGACCCCCCUGUAGCUUCAAAUACCUCAGAGUUCCCCUCCAGGAAGUUAUCUGUGAAGAGCCAGACUUGCCAGGACUUGGGAUCCCACAACAAUUCUACUUCUCACAGUGCACCGCUGCUCUCUGAGCGCAUUCCAGAAGAUGUGAAUUUCUUCCUCUCCAAAGAUGCAGAUCCCUCCAUGUCCAGGGAUCUGUCUUCAGUAGCCAUACCACCCCCUGCUGGAGAGGAGGGAUCAGAGCUGGAGCACUCAAGGGAGUUCCCCCUGGGGUUCGAGCCACUGCGCUCAGAGCAGCUAUCUGAGAUGGAGAUGAAGAGCUCUCCAGUGGUCAAGGAUCCGUUCUGCUCUCCUCUGCUGGCUCCUGAUAGCAUGCUGAAAGGGAUGCCACCUGUACACAUCGUGGCUUGUGCAUUGGACCCCAUGCUGGAUGACUCUGUGAUGUUUGCCAAGCGUUUGAGGAAAAUAGACCAGCCUGUCACUCUGUGCGUGGUGGACGACCUCCCCCAUGGCUUCCUCAGCCUAUCGCAGCUCUGCAGGGAGACGAAGGAGGCUGCCGAUAUCUGCGUGGAGAGGAUUCGUACUGUCUUCACCCAGAAGGACACACCCCCGGAGCCACGCAAGCACCGCAAGCUGGAACGGACCGAUAGGAGUGUGUCGGUCUCUUCUGGGGAAGCCGGUUCUCUCUUCGUCGGCCCCAUUGAGGAAGGGGCGCUUGCUGUCAGGAGGGGGACUAAAAUUGCUGAUGGCCCAGGCUUAGUUGCUGUGGCAGCCCAGAACAAUACUGACGCUGUUGGUAUUGGACCGUAAAUAAGGUUAGAUAAAAAAAACUGCAGUUGAUCUGUGGAGUGAAGGGAGAAAGAGUAAAUGAAAGUCAGACAAAUGUAGGCAGUGCAAGGCAGAGAGGGAGAUGGUAUUCUAAAAACAGAUGGGGAGAGGGCAGCUGUCUAGGUGAAUGCUUAGUUUUCAAGAGACAAAAAAAAUGAAACUAAAUGAAAUACAACUUCCUCUGCUUAACAAUUCUCGCCACUUGUUUGUGCUCCAUCGUGCAUCGACGCAUGGCAGAUAAAAUGAAAAAGACAAUUGUGUUUUCGAAUAAAAUGGUAAUUGAGCAGCUACUUAGAUCAAAGACCAGCACUCGCCCACACAUGCAGCACACAUACUUGAUAGAGUUUCAGUUAAGCAUAAAGCCGUGCCUGAAUGGGUGAUUCAUCUCGGCCAAGGCAGUCAUUUGAAGGCCUAAUCAGAUAGUGGUAGGCAGACUAUAUGCUUAUGAUGCAAUCGCCACUUGUCCUUUAGGGAGCAACUCUAAAUCACACUUAAUAACUCCACAUUGUGCUCUCCAUUGCGCCGGUUUGCAAGUCAAUACUGCUCACUUUGUGGAUAGUAACUCUGUUGACUCGCUCCUAAAUCAAAUUACAACCCUAAAACAGAACCGACUUAACGGCUCUAAACUGAAUGGAUUGAUUUAUUUCUUUCUUGAAAUCGUUGCUGUUUUUAAUCACAUUAACACUAUGCAGUAGAAAUACUUUAGUUAUUUAUAUAUUUUUCUAUUGUUGUAUUUUAAUCCUUCAAUCAUCACAUGUUUGUUUGUUGAUUUGUACACAAUACUGUGUAAUCUUUUGCUAUUUAUUCCACAGUUUUGAAUGUGCUCAAUAUUUGCCUGUGCUUCUUUGGCACAGCUUCUCCAACAUCCCCGGCCCUCCCAAUUUAACUCAAAUCCAUAUCUCAGUAAUGCAUACUGAUAGGAUAAUGUAGAAUAUUACACAGGGACGCGGUGCUUUUUGUAGUGCUGAUAUAACUAAUGCAAACAUUGCAUUUUGGUAGUACCUACAGUGGAAUUUGUGCAGAUGCAGCUGGAUUAUAUUAUUAUUAUAGAGUAUCUGCUUUAAAAUGUGGGUCCCAUCUUCAUAAGUCUUUUAAGAGCAAGCAUUGCUCUCGGAUGUCUGAAAGACGCUAAAUGUUUAAAUUGUUUUUUAUUUCAGCAAAGGAAAGAUUUGGUUAACAUUCUCCUUCUGCAGAACUAAAGCUAGACAGAAAAGGUCACCGAAAGCCCUCGGCUAUCGGUGUCUCAACUCCAAUGCACUGAUUUGACGUUGUCCCCGGUCCCCGCCAGGCGUCUUUGCUCACUUCUCUGCACAGUAUGCAGUGUGUCAAAGUACCACUUCCCUUGAGUCAGGGGAUUUCCUGCUGUUUCUUCAAAUCACGCUUUUAGGCAAAACUCAAGGACUCUGACCAGGAAAAGAGAUUGCUGGGGUUCCAUGUAAAAGCAACUGAAUUUGUAUUUGGCUAACUAAAAGUGUCCGGUGGACCAGGGUUUUUCUUCCCACCAUCACAUUGUGUGAUUGACUUUGAGGGCACUCCUCUGAGUGUGUUUCCACCAAAGCACUUUGAAGUACACAGAAAUGUCCUUUGGCGGGUCAGUCCCUCUCAGGUCCAACUAAAUAUAGAUGCCAACAAUGCUGGCACGGUCCUGCCCUUGCCUGGUAACAGAGCUAAGGUUGCCAGGUCUGCAGAGAAGGAUGCUGGGUGAUGAAUAGGAUUUAGCUGAAGCUCCGAGUGCAAAAUCCUCUCCCCGUAGAAGAGCAGGAUUUUAAGCAGCAAAGUCAUGCUACGGGAUUAGACCAUACUCAGUUCUGUCAGCUCGAAGUACUUAAUGCAAUAUUUUUAGUCAGAUUGAUGGAGAGAACCAGGGGCGUGAAGAGAAAGAAAGUAAGACUCAUCCUCUCGGAAAUACUGGGCCGAGGUUUGGUCUCGCUUUGCUUGUCGCUGCUUAUGCUCACUCUGCACUUUUGCAGUAGUUUGUCAAUCUGUGCAAGUGUAUUUAAAGCUUGUAUGCAUGUCACUUUUUUGUUGGUGCCUGUACGUGAGGCUCAAGUGGAGUCUGCAUGUACACAUGAUCACACUAGUCUGUCAUUGGUGUGUGAGAAAUAUGAGCUCAGACGUGAGUUCUCUUUGUUUGCGUUGUGUGUUCUGUUCACAUAAAAGAAGAAAUGGCACUUUACAGUCAAGAGACUAUAAGUAGUAUUCAUAAUUUGCUGUUGAGAGCAGUCUCAAGCCGCUAUGGCACAUUUUUUUGUCUGUGGUAUGUAUCAACACCCAGCCCGAUGACGCUCAGCAGGGUUGAUUGGUUGUUGGCACUUUUGUUGUAUACAUUUGAGUAUGUUGAGCUGUUAGAAAACUUAGAAAAAAAUGUGUCAAAUUCACUCACUUGCUGUUUACUGACUCCCGUAUGCCUCUUACCCUUGAUGACCACUGAUGCAUCGGGUGAAGCUGACUGAAGGUGAUGUACCAGAGAGCCCAUCUGGUGUUAUGGACAAAUAAGCUUGCCGUGUUUCAGUUUUCCAAAUUCCCAGCAUUUUUAGGGUUUUGCUUCCUGCAGAAUAGAGCUGAAAUGCAUGAUUCAGUAUUGUUUCAAUUAGUGUUGCUAACUGUCUAAUAUCUGUCUAUUUGUUGAUGAACCAACUGUUUUCUGUAAAUUUCCUUGAGUGCAAACUAGUUGUCGUAGUUCAGCGUAAUGCUGUUUUUUGUUUAGUCUUUUUGGUUGUACAGCAUACCUCCACAGUGUUGGUCUUCAAAAGCUCUUCUCACUUGAGGGUUCCGUUGCCUCAGGCUGAAGUGCAAUGCAAAGUACAAUGCUGCUAAAAUGAUGCGCUAACUGCCUCCACAUUUAUAGUAAAGCUAUGCAAUUACACACCAGCAUCACGCCGUCUUUUCAGUGUGUCUGUGUUUCCUCAGCUAGAAAUGCGGUCAUGCCAUUUAUUAUCGUGCAAUGCGUGCAAAUCACUUUGAGGUGGGAUGUCACAGUGAAACCAGCAUAUAAACCACAACACUGGUUUUAAACCACAUUGUUUUUACAUCAAUGCGUCCAUGUGACUGACCUCAACCACUUGUUUACUCACGGUAAAGACUAAUGUCAUCAGUCAGUUGGAUCCUAAAUGUAUUGUUAGUUUUGAAACGGAACCAAAGACUGCAGCCACAGUCUUGUAACAGAUGUGCUGUUCAUGCCGUUUAGUGUUUGCCGUUAACCGGUAUCAUAAAAAAUGCAGGCGCUAGUCAGUGCCAUAGCCGCUCUGCACUCCAUAUGCAAAUUGCUCCGCACUGUAAAAUUUUAUUCUGAUGUAGAAUAUGAUGAGCCUUUAAAAAAUACAAAAUAAAUUAACAAAAACAAGCCAUAAACAAAGAUGUUUUAAGUUAACUUUUUUCUUCAAAAAAACCCCACAAGUGCAAACCUGUGAAUACAAAAAAAAGAAUGUAUAUUAUUAGAUAUUUUUACUUUCAGAUGUGUUAAUCGGAUUGAUUUGACUGCAUUGUCGUUGCAGGUUUCAUGCAAAGUGGUGUCUGAUUCUCCACAAGUAGGCUCGUCUCUUCUUUUUGUUGAUUUUUAUCUAAAUAAAUAUAUUCUCCCAUGAA